GGGCGGCGGAGGCGGCGGGGAUGGCGGCGGCGGCGGAGGCGGCCGAGGUCCGGACCAACAUCCAGAUGCUGCUGGAGGCGGCCGAUUACCUGGAGCGCCGAGAGCGAGAAGCGGAGCACGGCUAUGCCUCCAUCCUACCGUUCGACGGCAAGGACGCGGACGCCUUCAAGAGGAGGGGCAGGUCCAAGAACAGCAGCAUUAACAGGUCGACUCACAACGAAAUGGAAAAGAACCGACGGGCCCACCUCCGCUUGUGCCUGGAUAAAUUGAAGGGGCUGGUGCCGCUCGGGCCGGAAGCCAGCCGUCACACGACGUUGAGUCUGCUCACCAAAGCCAAGAUGCACAUAAAGAAACUGGAAGACUGUGACCGCAAAGCCAUGCACCAGAUCGACCAGCUGCAACGCGAGCAGCGACACCUGAAGAGGCAGCUGGAGAGGAUAAGGACCAACAGCAUCGGCUCCACCAUCUUUUCCGAGCGGUCCGACUCGGACCGAGAAGAAAUGGACGUGGACGUUGAAAGCACAGACGACUACCUCACGACGGGCGAGCUGGACUGGAGCUGCAGCAGUGUGAGUGAUUCCGAUGAAAGGGGCAGCCUGCAGAGCCUCUAUAGCGAUGAGGGCUACUCUAGCUCUAGCGUUAAGAGAAUAAACCUCCAGGACGAUCACAAGACGCGCCUCGGCCUAUAAGAGGCAGCCCUGGAGCCGGGCCCACCGCCUCUCGGGGUCUCCUCCCCCCGUCGGACCUCGUUAGGUGGCAGGCACGUGUACCAUCUUCCUGCCCCAAAAGCCGUUCUGGCCGAGCUUCCCAGCAGCGCAUGAGGUUGCGGGUCCUGAGCUACUCUCUGGAGGACGCGCAUCUGAUCCCAUCCACUAGCUUCUCUCUCUUUCGGUGUCUCUCUCUCUCUAUCUCUCGCCCUCCAUAACUCGUCCCCGGGAGACCGUCCAUUCCAUCCACCCUCUCGAAGGCCCCGAGACCGUCUGAGACCUUCCCGCCAAAUCUCAGCCAAGUCCCUCCGCCUCACGGCCGACCACUUGCCUUCUCCCCCCGUUUUUCUGUCCGCGCCUCUCACCUAGCCACCGGGUCCAAGCUGGGCCUAGUCUGUGAAAUCUGAAGGAAUCAAACCACUUCUAUUUUUUGAUAUUUUUUGUCCCCCGCCUUCCCUUUCUCAUUUUUUUUUCCUGUUUUCAAAUGGGUUGAGAUCCAGAGCUUAAAAACCCCGAAGCCAGCUUUGACGGCCACGUUUUCAAAAGCACUUAGACAGCCGCGUGCCGGCCUGGGCACUGGGUUUUCCCUGGGAAUUUGCAGAAGUAAAUCCCCACCCCAGCCUCACUCCACCCAACUUUCACCUCCAGGGGAACCGCCAGUCACUUCCUCCAGACCCGGGGCCCGGAGGGGGUUGCGAGGGGCCCGGCGCCCCGACCCCCCGAGAACUUCCUCAGCCUCGUCCUCACAAGUCAGGCGGUCUGCCCCACUCUGGCUCGGCGGGUCGGGGACCCCGCUCCCCGCCCGUUCUCCGCCUCUGAGACGAAGGAGAAGGCCCCUCCACCCGCUUCCCAUUAGCACAAAGCAACCGUGCCUCCUUUCUCUUUCUUCACGCGGCGGGCGAUCCGAUCGAUUCGGGCCUGUUUUUACUAGGAAACGUAGCAAAAAACGGAGCUGGGGAGUUAGCCAAGCUAGCUUCCCGCUCACCACCCCCUCAGAGAGAGAGGCCAAGCCCCCUUCCCCUCCCCCUUUCUCCCCGCUUCUCCUUCUGAUGUCGAAAAGGACACCAGGGUCAGCUCUUUGGGGCUAUUGCAACUCAACGGAGCACUUACUAGGAAGGAAAGCUGGCUUUCACCUGGUUGAACAUUUUUUUUUUUGACGAUUAUUAUUUUUGUUAUUUCUUGUGUUUUUUUAAUUCUCCCCCCUGCCCUCGAACCGGGCUUAUGGGGGCUUUCGGUUUGCCGAUCUAAAAGCCCGAUUUUACGUCUGGCUGCGGCUCCGCCCCUCCACCCCUUCUCGUAGCAUUUUUAUUUAAGCGAAACAGAGCACACGAAUAUGUACAUAAAACCCCCGAAUCUAUAAAUACUAUUUAUUCAUUUUUAUAUAAAAGAAUGCAGCGGAGAUAACUUCUUACGACUCUGUGCUUUUAUAGAUGUUUCGGAACUUUGUAUGUAGAUUUCGGCCCCCUGACACGGCUCUGUUAUAUCCACCCGGCCCGCUUGUUUUUCGACCUCUUUUGAGGUGUGGCCGUUGAGACGGAUCCUUUCCUUCGAUUUGACACGUUCCGUGAUGCAGAGGUGGGCACAGAGCGAGUCGAGCAUCCCUAGGAUCCAGCUGAGAAGCGGCCCCUUCACAUCGAAGGCUACCGGAGCUCAGUGGUCAUGGGCUAUUGACAUGUGCUUUCCUGCUGCCCGGCGGUCUUUAAAAUACACGCGUGUGUGUGUGCAGAUGUGUGUUUACGUACACAAGCGUGCGCCCACAAUUCACUCAAACACUCAAUGGUCAGCAGCCUAAAUUAAAAAAAAAAACUAGAUUUCCUUUCUCUAGCUCCUUUUGGAUUUUUUGAUGAGCCUAACUUUUAAAAGAUGGGAAUUGGGCUGGUGGAUUUCUUAGAACUCCAAAGCCUUCUUUCUCUCUCUCUCUCUCUCUGUCUCUCUCUCUCGGUCUCUCUCUCGCUCACUUGUUUUGUUUUGGGGGUUUUUCGUGUGUUUUGGGGGGGAAAAGAAGGAAUUUUGUGUUUGUUUGUUUUUAAAUGGCUGGGAUUUUUCCGAUAACCAGCAGAAGAUUUGCACUGAAAUUACAACGUGUAUAUGCCUUGGCAAUUUUAAGCCUGCUCCUUGAGUCCAAGCAGAAAGAUAGUCUUCAGAGAGCUAGCUCAACCUGUAAGGUGUCUGGAAAAGAUAAAUAUAUGCGCACUUUGAGGUCUGUACUCAAAUGCAUUUUGAGAGACCUCUCAAGCUUUUUUUUCCUCCCAUUGUUAAUUAAAUGUUACAUUAAAGUUUCUCACAAGUCCUGAGCUAUGGUUGUGAUUGCCUGGUUUAAGGCAACAGAGGAGCUUCAGAUUUGGGGAAAGCUUGUGGGUGUGAAUUGGGAGAGGGAAAGGGAGAGCAAAUGUGUACUUGUCUGUUUAAUUUAGAAACAAGAAGUCUGAAAGACUCAAAUCUUUUCUGUAAUUUGAUCGUCAUGCCUCUUUGAGUUCAACUCCAUCUUUGUCUCUUUGGUUGAAAUAUCAAAUGUGUUUUGCCCCGCUAUAUAAAACCGUGAUUAUUUGACCUCA